CAGAACACUUUAAACAAUUCAAUGAUGAGUUUUAGUAAACAUAACCUCAAUCCCUGUGCUGCGUAACUGUUACAAAAUAGCCAAACAAAACCUUUAAAAUUGAUGUGAAUGCGUUAGAUUAGAAAGUAAUUAUUUGAAACUAAUUUUCUGUGCUUUUUAUUACAUUUUAUUGUGAUGAGUGGUGAGAGCGACGAUGAAGAUUUUGUUGUUUAUGGAACACCUUUGGACCCGAUUGAUGAAGAUACGAUACCCAAGAAACGACCUCUGACUAUUGAGGAUCAAGUUGCCAAAGACAAGUAUGGACGGCGAAGAUUUCAUGGAGCCUUUACUGGAGGCUUCUCUGCUGGAUUCUUCAAUACUGUGGGCUCACUGGAGGGCUGGAAGCCUUCUCAGUUUACGUCUUCACGUUCCGCCAAGUCUCAGUCAAAAGUCCAGAGACCGCAGGACUUCAUGGAUGAAGAGGACAUGGAAGAGCAUGGGAUUGCUCCGAAAGUUCUCAGACCAACUGGAGACUACAGGAGUAGCGAGGGCACAAGUAGGAAGCGACAGAUGACUCAGUUCUCUGAUGGUCCCAUCCCAGGGAUGCCUGUGUUAAGGACACUCUUGGAACCUAUCAGAGAGACUGUAGGAAUCAAAUUGCUGAUGAAAAUGGGCUGGAAACCAGGUCAAGGCGUCGGCCCAAGACUACUGAAGUCAGAAAAGUCAGCUGUAAGGAAGUUCCAGUCGCAGGCGAAAGUGUAUGGGUGCGCCUUGCCCGGCCAAGAUCAAACAAAUGAUAGUGAUUCAGAAGAAUCGGGAGAUGAAACUUUCAACCAAGAUGUGACGUUUGCGCCUGAUGAUUUAGAGCCGUAUGUUGUCAAGCCAAAGGACAACAGUUACGGCCUAGGCUACAGUGGCCUGGACCGACGGCCUGUGCUGUCUCAUGUCAACCUGUUUGAACCGACCGGGCCCUCUCUGGUCAUGGAGGAAAAGAAAAAGAAGGUCUCCAUUCGAGGACAGGCAUUUGGUGUUGGAGCCUUUGAGGGCGAAGAUGAGGACAUUUACGCUACAGAAGAUAUGAGCCAGUAUGACUUUGCACUGGAUACCCCAAGAAUGUUAGCAGACAAGAGAAAACAAGAACGGAACUCAAGACUUGCACUUCCUUCUCCUGCUUCAGAUGUUUUGGAGGGUUUUGUUGUGUGUUCGGUACCAGUGGUGCGCAAACGAUAUGCUCCUCCCACACUUCCGCCCGGGUUCACUCCCCACCACCAGUCCAGAGUGAGCAGGUUCAAUAGCGGCCCCAGUUCCUCGGACACUGCCAGAUUGUCAGCCAAUGAGAGGGCGGUCAUGGUCAAUGAGCUGACUGCAGAGGUGGCCCAAGACAAACCAAAGCCAGUGGAAGUUGAAAGGUCCUCAACAACAUUUCGCCCAUUUGUGGCCGAUCCAGAUAAACAAGUGAGGUACGAACAGUUCCUCACCCUGUCAAAGCAGGGGCAGCCUGAUGAACUGAAAAGACUGCAGCCUUUCACCAUGACAGAGUGGGAACGAGAACGUGAGAGAGCAGAGUUUGAGCAAGCGGCACGAUUGUACCGGCCUCUUAGUGCUGCCUUCAGUGACCGGUUCGUCAGUGCCGGUCAGCCGGACAGUACCGACCCCUUGGUGCCAGUAGAGCGCUCAAACGACAUAGAUCAGGAUGUGAAAAACGCUGCCAAAUGCAAGAUGUUCGGCAAGCUAACUCGAAGACUGAGCGAGUGGCAACCUCACAGCAUACUGUGCAAACGGUUCAACAUUCCACAACCAGGUGUCAGGUCCAGUGGAACCAACCCCAAGACAUCUCGACCCAAGUUUUCCAUCUUCAACUUUCUGGAUGCUGCUCCAUUCAACAAUCCAUCCGCUUCGAGUGAACAAACAUCCACACAGAAAAUGGAAGUGGAUACAUCGAAAUCAGACAUAGAAGUGUCACCCACUCCUCCCCCCUUCACAUCCGUGACACAGAGCAAUACUGAAGCAAUAGUGUCCCAAGACAAAGAUAUGGAACAAUUGGUUGAGUCCACCAAUAAAAUGGAUUUGUUCAAAGCAAUUUUCCUGAGUAGUAGUGACGAAUCAGAUGGUGAAGAGGAAAAACUUGAAAAGCCUGCAUCCCAGGAACAACCCUUAAAGACACUAAGACAGGAACCCUCCAAGCAACCCUCAGCAGCAGAGGUCAAUGUCCUGAGGAAUACAUCCCCUCCUCGUGGCAUCUUUGCCAAUCUGGACCUGGUCCAACUCACCUCCCAGAAGAAGAAAUCGGUAAUGGAACAAGAUAAAAAAGAGGAAGUUAAUAACAUUAGGGACAGUUCGCCUCCAAGAGGAAUCUUCUCCAAUAUAGACCUUGCUGCUCUAGGAAAGAAAGACCAGUCCAGAUCUCUCAAAACAGGUGAAUCUACAGUUACCGUAAAUGUUAGAGAUGAUGCAAACCUAGAAAACUCACAGUCACAAAUGCAUGAGAGUAAUAUGUAUGGCCCAGCAUUGCCAAGCAGCAUCACAAAACUCCAAAGCAGACAAAGUGAUAUAAGAAGAGAUGCAUCAAGUGAAAGUGAAGACGACUGGGUAGAGUUGGAGAGAUCCAGUGACAGUGAACAGUCACACAUUCGAUCUUCUAAGAAGAAAAGCAAAAAAUCCCACAGGAAAAGUAAAAGGCAUAAAGAGAAGAAGCACAAGCGCAAGAAAAAAAAGAGUAGGUAGAGCUAAAAAGUACUCUGUGUAAAUUUUAUAAAUUAAAUGUGAUAUUUUGUUA